AUGCACACAAUAUUGUCUAAGCGUCGCUGGCUUUGUGGUGGUGUGGCCGGCGGCCCGGUCUCCGCCCAGGCCCCAUUAUUAACUUUACUGCCCACAAACGCUCACGUCGGCUCCACGCUCACGUCGGCUCCACGCACACGUCGGCUCCACGCUCACGUCGGCUCCACGCACACGUCGGCUACACGCUCACGUCGGCUCCACGCACACGUCGGCUCCACGCUCACGUCGGCUCCACGCACACGUCGGCUACACGCUCACGUCGGCUACACGCUCACGUCGGCUACACGCUCACGUCGGCUCCACGCACACGUCGGCUCCACGCUCACGUCGGCUCCACGCACACGUCGGCUACACGCUCACGUCGGCUCCACGCACACGUCGGCUACACGCUCACGUCGGCUCCACGCACACGUCGGCUCCACGCUCACGUCGGCUCCACGCACACGUCGGCUACACGCUCACGUCGGCUACACGCUCACGUCGGCUCCACGCUCACGUCGGCUACACGCACACGUCGGCUACACGCUCACGUCGGCUCCACGCACACGUCGGCUACACGCACACGUCGGCUACACGCUCACGUCGGCUCCACGCACACGUCGGCUCCACGCACACGUCGGCUACACGCACACGUCGGCUACACGCUCACGUCGGCUCCACGCACACGUCGGCUACACGCACACGUCGGCUACACGCUCACGUCGGCUCCACGCACACGUCGGCUACACGCUCACGUCGGCUCCACGCCCACGUCGGCUACACGCACACGUCGGCUACACGCACACGUCGGCUACACGCUCACGUCGGCUCCACGCACACGUCGGCUCCACGCACACGUCGGCUACACGCUCACGUCGGCUCCACGCACACGUCGGCUACACGCACACGUCGGCUACACGCUCACGUCGGCUCCACGCACACGUCGGCUACACGCUCACGUCGGCUCCACGCACACGUCGGCUCCACGCACACGUCGGCUACACGCUCACGUCGGCUCCACGCUCACGUCGGCUCCACGCACACGUCGGCUACACGCUCACGUCGGCUCCACGCACACGUCGGCUACACGCACACGUCGGCUACACGCUCACGUCGGCUCCACGCACACGUCGGCUACACGCACACGUCGGCUACACGCUCACGUCGGCUCCACGCACACGUCGGCUACACGCUCACGUCGGCUCCACGCACACGUCGGCUACACGCUCACGUCGGCUACACGCUCACGUCGGCUACACGCUCACGUCGGCUACACGCUCACGUCGGCUACACGCUCACGUCGGCUCCACGCUCACGUCGGCUCCACGCUCACGUCGGCUACACGCUCACGUCGGCUACACGCUCACGUCGGCUACACGCUCACGUCGGCUACACGCUCACGUCGGCUACACGCUCACGUCGGCUACACGCUCACGUCGGCUACACGCUCACGUCGGCUACACGCUCACGUCGGCUACACGCUCACGUCGGCUCCACGCUCACGUCGGCUCCACGCACACGUCGGCUACACGCACACGUCGGCUCCACGCUCACGUCGGCUCCACGCACACGUCGGCUACACGCACACGUCGGCUCCACGCUCACGUCGGCUCCACGCACACGUCGGCUACACGCACACGUCGGCUCCACGCUCACGUCGGCUCCACGCACACGUCGGCUACACGCUCACGUCGGCUCCACGCACACGUCGGCUCCACGCUCACGUCGGCUCCACGCACACGUCGGCUCCACGCACACGUCGGCUACACGCACACGUCGGCUACACGCUCACGUCGGCUCCACGCACACGUCGGCUACACGCACACGUCGGCUACACGCUCACGUCGGCUCCACGCACACGUCGGCUCCACGCUCACGUCGGCUCCACGCACACACCUCAACCCCACAUCACCCGACCUCAGCCCCACAUCACCAGACCUCAGCCCCACAUCACCAGACCUCAAACCCACAUCACCAGACCUCAACCCCACAUCACCAGACCUCAAACCCACAUCACCAGACCUCAACCCACAUCACCAGACCUCAACCCCACAUCACCAGACCUCAAACCCCACAUCACCAGACCUCAACCCCACAUCACCCGACCUCAGCCCCACAUCACCAGACCUCAGCCCCACAUCACCAGACCUCAACCCCACAUCACCAGACCUCAACCCCACAUCACCAGACCUCAACCCCACAUCACCAGACCUCAAACCCACAUCACCAGACCUCAACCCCACAUCACCAGACCUCAACCCCACAUCACCAGACCUCAACCCCUCAUCACCAGACCUCAGCCCCACAUCACCAGACCUCAACCCCACAUCACCAGACCUCAACCCCACAUCACCAGACCUCAACCCCACAUCACCAGACCUCAACCCCUCAUCACCAGACCUCAGCCCCACAUCACCAGACCUCAACCCCACAUCACCAGACCUCAACCCCACAUUACCAGACCUCAACCCCACAUCACCCGACCUCAGCCCCACAUCACCAGACCUCAGCCCCACAUCACCAGACCUCAACCCCACAUCACCAGACCUCAACCCCACAUCACCAGACCUCAACCCCACAUCACCAGACCUCAAACCCACGUCACCCGACCUCAACCCCACAUCACCAGACCUCAACCCCACAUCACCAGACCUCAACCCCACAUCACCAGACCUCAACCCCACAUCACCAGACCUCAACCCCACAUCACCAGACCUCAGCCCCACAUCACCAGACCUCAACCCCACAUCACCUGACCUCAGCCCCACAUCACCAGACCUCAACCCCACAUCACCAGACCUCAACCCCACAUCACCAGACCUCAACCCCACAUCACCAGACCUCAACCCCACAUCACCAGACCUCAACCCCACAAAUCCACCCCUACACAGCCCUCAGCCGCGAGCACGCUCCUGGGCCCCUCCUUUAAUUGGCCAGUCGCCUAAUACAAUGGCUCUCAACCCUCUUGCUACCUUUAAUAGCCAUUCUUUUAACUAUAU